AUGUUCGCUAAAGUUGUUAUUCUACAGGCAAUAGUCGCCGUCUCUGCUCUGGCAGCCCCUAGUAAAGAGAUUCAGAAUGGUGCCCCCCACCUGUUAGUUUCCAACCCUUCUAGUCAGCAAGUGACUUCGUCGGCGGCUUUUUCGAGUGGUGCUGGCAAUAAGGACAACUCCAAUAUUUAUGACGGAACAGGAAACGCCGGGAAGGAUAACUAUAAUUGCUACUACGGUGGUUGGAAGAACUUUCCUGCAAAGUCGGAAUGGAUUGAAUUUGACGCCAUGUGGAACUACUCCAAGAGUGCCAUGUCAACAUCGUGUUCUGACCUUGGUGUUGGAUCGUGUUCAAAUGGAGCGGGGGCGUUUGGCAGUGGUGAUAGCUCCGAGCAAAUUGGCUUGAUCUGGAAUGGCAUUCAGCAGAUUGCCGAGGCGUCGUUGGUUGAUCAUCGCUUCAUUCUUGCGACCAUCCUACAAGAAUCUUCUGGCUGCGUGAAUGUCUGUGCAUCGACAAAUCCAGACCCUUCCCAGCCCGACAAUCCUGGUUUGAUGCAAUCAGACGGUGGCUCGACUUUUGUUGGCAAUUCAGCUAGUAGAUCUGCCCAGCAGACGAGCAUCACACAAAUGAUUAUCGAUGGAACUCAAGGAACAUCUGACGGAGAUGGUCUCGUGCAAUGUAUCAACCAAUACGGCAAUAUCUACGAGGCCGCACGAUGCUACAAUUCUGGCUCGGUCGACAGUUCUAAUCUGAAUAACGGCGAAGGAGCUACGGAUUCAUAUGUCAACGAUAUUGCGAACAGGAUGAGUGGGUGGCUAUACGCCGACUCAAAGUAUGGCAGCUGUUAA